AUGUCCUCCAUCCCCGGCCUGCGCACCUUGGCCACCUUGGGCCUAUCCCUUGUGUCCAUCCCUGCGCUUGUAACCCAAGCCCAAGCCCAAGCAACGGCUGCGACGCUCUUCGCAUCGCACUACAACACGCAGUCGAUUUAUACGCUUUCGCUGGCGCGCGCGUCAAAUGGGUCGUAUACGCUGACUGAGUCGUCUAAUCUCAAGACGUGCGGGAGGUACCCCAGCUGGAUCACGCUUGAUGCGGAUACAGGGACAAUAUACUGCUCUGACGAGUAUGGGUGGAAGAAUGACAACGAGUCGGUGAAUGGGUCGUUGACUGCGCUGUCUGUUGAUGGGGGUGUGUUGACGGAGAUUGCGAAAACGGAUACAUCGGCAGGGAGUGCUGUGAAUAACGUUGUUUAUGAGGGAGAGGGAGGGGAGCAGUAUCUUGCUAUUGCGCAUUACUCCGGCUCCGCGGUCUCAACAUACGCGCUCCCGCUUGAAGACGAGGCCGGCCCACUACAACGCCUCGAAUUCGAAUUAUCCGCGCCCGGUACGGUCCCCGAAAGGCAGGAUGCGCCACAUCCGCACCAAGCUAUCCUCGAUCCGACCGGGGCUUUUGUCCUGGUCCCCGAUCUAGGCGCCGAUCUUGUCCGCGUCUUCGCCAUCGACAAAGCGAACGGCAAUCUCAACACUUGCCCGCCAUUGAACUACACAGCGGGUGGGGGCCCGCGACACGGUGUGUUCUCGACUGCGUCAGAGAAUCAGGAACUUCGAGUUAAGGGUAGCCGUGCUCCAUCUGAUUCUGCCGAAACGGUUCUCUACGUAGCUGGGGAGCUGAGCGGCAAAGUCGAGGCCUUUGCCGUUUCGUACCAAGACAGCGGAUGUCUUGCAUUCAAGCAGAUCGAGGCUGAGGUGCCGUAUCCGGAGGAGUUGCCCGAGGGUGCCUCCCUCAGUGAGAUCAGACUGGUGGACAGCCACCUGUACGUUUCGGUGAGACAAGACAAGGCGUUUGACGGGAAUGACUCGAUUGCGAAGCUUGUCUUGGACCGUGAUGGCACGUUUGAGUUUCAGGAUAUCCACACCUCCGGCGGUGAAGUUCCGCGCACGUUUGCGAUCAACAAAGCCGGCGAUCUGGUUGCUGUCGGGAACCAGGUCUCUUCUAACGUUGCUAUUGUUGAGAGGGACCCCGAUACUGGGCUUCUUGGUAGCAUCGUGGCCAGCCUCCUGAUUGGAACUCCUGGCGACCCUGACAAUUCAGUUUCGGGGCUGAGCAGCAUCAUCUGGGAUGAGUAA